UCAACCCGGAAGUACUUUACCCAGUACCGGAAGUGAGAAGCCAACGGGACGCUAUCACCGAGGCGGUGCCAAUUAAUUGCGGGGUUUUUCUCGAGUGUCCCGUCGGGAAGAAGGAGAACCGGCGGAGAAAAAAACUAAAGGGCUCGGUGGCGCGGCCAACGUGUCCCCAUCUCUCCCUCCCGGGCCCGGCUUCCAUAACUCCGGACUCGGCCUGGAGUAAGUAAACGAGGCUGGAGGCAGCAGACACGGAUGUAGGGCGGGCCUGCUCUGACGCGACGUGGCUGAGCGGGCCGGACGUUGCGUGGUGACGUCACGGAUCUGGAAGUGACGACGUUUGCAGCAAACCCACGGUCCACAUUCAGGUGCUUGGCAAACUGACUCACACUUACGACAUGUCCCGGGUUCAUGCGAUCCCCACGGAUUCACUUAACAACUGCAGGGAUUCACUGAACCACUGGGGCAAGGCGAAAAGAGCUCGCCACCAUGCCAAACCUCCCUCUGGACGAACUCCAGUUUACGGAAAAAGAUUCACUGACAGGGAAGAUAAAAACUUUGCCAGCGUUGCAUCCCCGAAAUAAAACGGAGCGAUCUUUUCUGGUGUACAAGCCCCUCCCGAGCGCCGAAGAUCCAGCCCUGGUGGAGGAGUUUUCGGAACGAGCCAGAUUUAUUGCGGGCGAUUUGGAUUGGCUGCUGGCCCUGCCUCAUGAUAAAUUCUGGUGCCAGGUCAUUUUUGACGAGUCGCUCCAGAAAUGCCUGGAUUCGUACCUCCGCUACGCCCCCCGCAAGUUCGACACCAGGACGGACCUCCCUGCGGAGGUGAAAGACCUGGAGAAGCGUCUCCAUCGGAGCGUUUUCCUGACCUUCCUCCGAAUGUCCACCCACAAGGAAUCCAGAGAUCAUUUCAUCACCCCGUCGGUAUUUGGUGAGGUCCUUUAUAACAACUUCUUAUUCGACAUCCCCAAGAUCUUGGAUCUCUGCGUGCUGUUUGGAAAAGGCAAUGGUUCCCUGCUGCAGAAGAUGAUUGGAAACAUCUUUAACCAACAGUCAAGUUACUUCAGUGAUUUGGAUGAAACCAUGCCUACAAUUCUUCAGGUGUUCAGCAACAUCCAGAGUGCCUGUGGCUUGCAAGGCGAAGGGGCUUCAGCUAGUCCACAGAAGUUGGAGGAGAGAGUCAGGAUGACUCCCAAGGGACUCCCUUUGCAGGAGCUGAAAGAUAUCGUCCUCUACGUGUGCGACAGCUGCAUCACCCUGUGGGCCUUUCUCGAUAUCUUUCCCUCGGCUUCCCAGACUUUCCAGAAGCACGACUUCUGUUUCAGGCUGGCUGCUUUUUACGAGCUGGUGAUCCCCGAGCUGGAAUCCGCUAUCAAGAAACGGCACCCUGAAAAUAUCAGGACACUGUCGGAUUUAUGGAGGAGGCUGUCUCACUCACGGAAGAAGAUGGUGGAGAUGUUUCACCUGGUGAUCCACCAGCUGUGCCUCCAGCCCAUUUUGGAAAGCAGCUGUGACAACAUCCAGGCGUACAUUGAAGAGUUCCUGCAGAUCUUCACCUCCGUGCUUCAGGAGACGAGAUUCCUCCGAGAUUAUGAUGAGAUGUUCCCUCUGGCAGAUGAUGUCAGCCUCCUCCAACAAGCCUCUUCAGCCCUAGAUGAAACACGAACCUCUUACAUUUUGCAAGCUGUGGAAAGUGCCUGGGAUAAAACUGGUAGGAGGAGAAAAACGGCCCAAGACCCACCCAUCUCUGAAUCCGCAACCGGGGCCGUUACACUCCCCGGGGUCUCAGAGCGAACAGAACAAUUUGAGGAACUGGAUAAUCUGGAGUGUGCAGGAGCAGCUGCAGCUCCCGUCGCCACCGUCUCUGGCGUAGAGCUGGAUUCCCUGAUCUCUCAGGUGAAGGAUCUGCUCCCUGACCUUGGAGAAGGCUUUGUCCUGGCUUGCUUGGAGGAGUACAACUACAACGUGGAGCACGUCAUCAACAACCUUCUCGAGGACAAGUUGGCGGCCUCCCUACAGACGCUCGACAGAACCAUGCCUCGGCCUGUGAAACCAGACCCGACUCCGCUUGUCACUUCCCGAUGUAACGUGUUCCAGGAUGACGAGUUUGAUGUUUUCAGCAAGGACGCAGUGGAUGUCUCUCGGAUCCAGAAAGGCAAAAGGAGCGACAAAGCCACCACAAAAAGCUUGUUGAAUGACAAGCGCCUGGUGCAGGAGCAGAGGGAACGCUACAGCCAAUAUUCCGUGGUGGUCGAGGAGGUCCCCGAACCGAGUGGGGGCCGCCUCUUCUCCCAGGAGGAUUACGAGGACGAAUACGAUGACACCUAUGAUGGCAACCAGGUGGGAGCAAAUGACGUGGACUCCGACGAUGAGCUGAUCAGCAGAAGGCCGUUCACCAUUCCUCAAGUCCUGAGGCCCAAAGAAGAGGAGCAGGAGGAAGAUGAGGAGGAAGAAGAGGAGGUGGAAGACAAAGAGGCGACCAAGGAUCACUUCGUUCAAGACCCAGCAGUGCUGCGGGAGCGAGCUGAGGCCAGGCGGGCGACCUUCCUGGCGAGAAAAGGGCAAAAGCCAGAUACUUCAGCAGCCGUGACGGGUGCUGCCAAGGGCCGCGGCCAAAGCCGAGAGACCGUGCAGGAGAGACGGAAGAAAGAAGCCAGCAAAGGGGCGAGGGCGAACCACAACAGACGCGCAAUGGCCGACCGGAAGCGCAACAAGGGCAUGAUUCCGUCUUGAACAGUGGUGCGCCAGGGAGGCCUGUGUCCCCCUCCUCCCAGGAGAGAGAGAGACAGAGAGAGAAAGCACCUUGCCUUUUGUAAAGGAGUUUCCUAGGAAAGCACAAAUCUUCACACAAGAACAAAGGAUUACAGACCUGCAAUAGGCCUGGGUUGUGGAAAUUGUGUGUGUUGAGAAUCCUUUUCUUUUAAAACCGCUCCUCCAGAAGCCUUUGCUGUUUUGAGUUGUCCUUAUACGUUCAACUGUCAGACCCACCUCAGUCUGGUCUCCCAAGAAAGUGAAACCCUCGACUCCCAUUUGAUAGAAGUGGAAAGGCUCUUUUAUGAAGAGAUGCUGAUGGCAGCAGACUCAGGCAGAACUAAAGUUCCCGUGAGCCGAUAUAGAAACCCCUAGUUCCCCCUAACCCUCCCCCCCAUCCCCAGUCCACCUGUGUGUAGCCAACCCAGAGAUGUUUUGGGAAACACUGAGGUGUUUGGGCUGGUGAAAUUCUUGAAUCCUUGAAGAUGCCAGUGUGCCAACACGAACCAGAUCCCAAACUGCUGUUCUUCCUCAACUGUCAAUCCCACCUCCCCCAUUUCCCAUCGUCAUAAUCAUACAGCUUUGUUGCCCAUUUGUUCCCCCGCCCUCCCGUCCCCGAUUGACGGCAGGACGCCAGCAAGGUACCACUCCCACUCAGCAGCCAACUGCUUUGCUGAAUCAUUUUUUCUUCCUGCGUGUGCGCGCGCCUGUGUGUGUCUUUUCUAGCAGAGUGAAACUUCCACUUAACUUGAUAUCGCACUGCAACAUUUUGGCUUCUGGUGGCCACAUUUUAAGGCCCUACGGUGAGUAAAUAAAUACAUUCCAACAUUGUGA